CCAACAGGAUGCAAUGUUGAUCUCAUAAAUUAUUUUGGAAAUGACCAUAAUACUGCUAUGCUUCGGCCUAGUAAACGAGGAAGGGAAGCGGAGAAUAUCACUAGACAGCAGAAGCUUCAGAUUUCUCUGAAUUUCAAUGCGUCUAAUGAUGAAGUUGAUCGGUCAGCAAGCAUUCCGAACCAACACCCUGUAUCAACUGGUUUAAGAUUGUCAUAUGAUGAUGAUGAACGCAAUUCUUCUGUUACUUCUGCAAGUGGAAUUCAAAAGAGUUUGGCUAGCUUGAGCUCUAUUGCUAGAUUACAUGCUGCCUCUGUCAGCACCAAAAUUCAAACAGAGGAAAAUCUGAUGAAGGGAUUGAGAGAUAUAAGGCAAAGACACGUGGCAUCUUUCUUGACUGCCAUUGAGAAAGGCAUAACUCAGAAGUUACGUGAGAAAGAUCAUGAGAUCGAGAACAUAAACCACAAGAAUAGAGAACUUGUUGAGAGAAUAAAGCAGGUGGCAACGGAAGCCCAGAACUGGCAAUACAGAGCCAAGUACAACGAGUCCGUGGUUAAUGUUUUGAAAAACAACCUCCAGCAGGCAAUUUCACAAGGUGCUGCAGAUCAAAGCAAAGAAGGAUUUGGAGACAGUGAAGUUGAUGAUGCAGCCUCCUACAUUGACCCAAGCAACUACCUCAGCCUUCCAUUGAGGCCUGCAAAGGCUUCUAUUAUUUUUUGCAGAGCAUGCAAAUCCAAGGAGGUAUCCAUCUUGUUGAUGCCUUGCAGGCACCUGUGUUUAUGUAAAGACUGUGAUGGGUUAAUCAGUGUGUGCCCUGUGUGCCAGCAGUUGAAAACUGCUAGUGUCCAGAUUUUCUUGUCUUAA